AUGGCGCACCAGCACGACAACGGCCCGAGCGACGACGAGAUCGCCCCUGACGAUGUGUCGUCGCCGAAUCCCGUGGCGCCAGCCGUCGGUCAUGACCACCAGGAUAGACUGCCCACGAUCAUCGCGACCGGCGAGAGCAACGCAGUGGACUCGACCGCCGGCGACGCGACGACGACGACUGAACGGCCGGCUGCACGACCGCGCAUCCCGUCGCUCCUCAGCCCGCCGCGGCAGGCUGCCGCCAAGCACAGGAAGAAGUCGGAGCCCUUCCUCCCUGCGAGGGCGCGUGACAGCUUCCGCGGCUCGGUCGUCUUGACGAGGUGGCACACGGCGCAGGGCCCCAAGGACGAUGGUGGGGUUCCCGAAAACGACGUGCCCUUGCUGCUGGAUAUGGAGGAGCCUUCGGACGAUACCCCGUCUUCGGAGGACGAGAGCGAGAAAAAGGACGAUGUGGAGGACGCAGACGCCGCUGCGGCGGGCACCGACUCGAAGAGGUCGUCGCAGGACGAGUCGCGCUUCUUUCGCUGGUUCCGGCUCUGCAACGAACACUGCAACACAAAGGGCAAAGUUAAGAAGGACGGCCGCUUGCGCAUCACCGUCCAGGAGACGGCCAACACGGGAUAUCUCGCCAAGGCCCUCGGCACGGCCACCCAGAGGAUCGCGCCGCCGGGGAAGCGCGAGCCGCGGCGCAUACCCACGCCCGACUCCAUCGCGCCGCAACCACGCCUCAACAUCGUCAUCAUGGUCAUCGGCUCGCGGGGCGACAUCCAGCCGUUCCUCAAGAUCGGCAAGGUGCUCAAGGAGCAGUACGGCCACCGCAUCCGCGUCGCCACGCACCCGGCGUUUCGGGACCUCGUGGAGAGGGAGACGGGUCUCGAGUUCUUUUCCGUUGGCGGCGACCCCUCGGAGCUCAUGGCCUUCAUGGUCAAGAACCCGGGCAUGAUCCCCUCGCUGCAGACGGUCAGGGCCGGCGAGAUUGGCAAGCGCCGCGACGCCAUGGCCACCAUGUUUGAGGGGUUCUGGAGGUCCUGCAUCCACGCCACCGACGAUGAAAAGGACAAGGCCAACCUCAAGUUGAUCGGCGACAAGGACCCCUUUGUGGCCGACUGCAUCAUCGCCAACCCGCCCAGCUUCGCGCACAUGCACUGCGCCGAAGCUCUGGGCGUGCCGCUGCACCUCGUCUUCACCUUCCCAUACACGCCAACUCAGGCCUUCCCGCAUCCUCUCGCCAGCAUCAAAAAGUCCAACGUCGACCCCGGGUACACAAACUUCAUCUCGUACCCCCUCGUCGACAUGAUGGUCUGGCAGGGACUUGGCGACCUCGUCAACAACUUCCGUGUCAACACGCUCUCCCUGGAUCCGGUGUCGACGCUGUGGGCUCCAGGCGCGACAUACCGCCUGCACGUGCCGUUCACAUACCUCUGGUCUCCCGGGCUGGUGCCGAAGCCCGCGGACUGGGGUGACGAAAUCGACGUGACCGGCUUCGUCUUCCUCGACUUGGCGGGGGCGUUCAAACCUGACCCAGCGCUCGUCAAGUUCCUGGAAGCAGGGGAGAAGCCGAUAUACAUUGGAUUUGGCUCCAUUGUGGUUGACGACGCGGAGCGAUUCACCGACAUGAUUUUCGACGCCAUCAAAAAGGCCGGCGUACGGGCGCUAGUAUCCCGUGGCUGGGGCGGGUUCGGUCGAGACGACGUGCCGGACAACAUCUUUAUGCUUGGCAAUGUGCCUCACGACUGGCUAUUCCCUCAGGUCCAGGCGUGCGUUAUCCAUGGUGGCGCCGGUACCACAGCGAUUGCCCUCAAGUGCGGGCUGCCGACCAUGAUUGUGCCGUUCUUCGGCGACCAGCACUUCUGGGGCAACAUGGUCGGCAGCUCAGGGGCCGGACCGGCGCCGGUGCCGUACAGAGAGCUCACCUCGGACAAGCUUGCCGACGGAAUGAAGCACCUUCUGACGGACGAGGCCAAGGAAGCAGCGGGCCGGAUCGCCGACGACAUUGAGAAGGACGGAGACGGCGCCGAAAAAGCGGUCCAGUCGUUCCAAAAGCAUCUCCGUCAGUACGGGCCGACGUCGCUGCGCUGCUCGCUUCUUAAGAACCAGGUGGGCGUGUGGCAUGUCAAGGGCACAAACGUCAGGCUCGGUCCGCUGGCGGCCGAUAUUCUCGUCGAUAGGGGAGAGUUGAGCUGGAAGAAGCUGCGGCUGCUCCGGCACAUGGAGUGGAACGAUUUCGUGGGGCCGGGAGAGCCGUUUACGGGCCUCGCCGGGUCGUUGACGGAGACGGUCAGAGAUACUCUGAUCGGCAUCGGCGGCGCGCCGUACCGCCUCGGCAAGACGGCCACGAAACGAAUCAAGAGCAAGAUGAGCAAGAGUAAGAAGAAGCGCGAAGGAGAGGGCGGUGCGGCGGCGACAGGAGAUGCAAAUGGUCAUGGUGCUGGCCAGGGAGAGAAACAUGCCACGAGACCCAAGGCCCCACGGAAGGAGUCGGUCGUCGCACCGGGUCCGGAAGAGUACGUCACGGACGUCACCCACAGCGUCGGCCUGACGACAAAGGCCAUCGCCAUGGCGCCUGUGAGCCUCGCCCUCGCCCUCGCGCAGGGCUUCCACAACGCGCCUCGCCUGUACGGCGACGAUACCGUCCGGCGACCGACGCGCGUCACAGGCUUCCGCUCCGGCCUCAUCGCCUCGCGCCGGGAGUUUGUCUAUGGCUUCUACGACGGCAUCACGGGCGUCGUGCGGCUGCCCGUGCGCGGGGCCAAGGCCAACGGCUUCGGCGGAUUCGUCAAGGGCACGGCCAUGGGUUUCGGCGGUCUCAUUCUGAAGCCGAUAUCCGCCGUGGUCGGCCCUGUCGGGUUUACGCUGCAGGGCGUGGCUAAGCAGGCGGACCGGUGGCGGCGGCACCCGCACAAGCUCAUCAGGCGGGCGCGCAUCCGCCAGGGCCAGCGCGAGAUCCAGGCGCUGCGGCCCGACGAGCUGCAGCGCGUGCGCGACCAGGUCAUCGAGGGGUGGCACACGAUGAAGCUGCUCCAGCGGGAAGUGGUGGAGGCGGAGCGCCGGCGCGGCAUCGCGGGCCACAUCGAUCACAUGAUGCUCGACACGAGCAUGAUGUUUGCCGACGCCGACGUCGCCAAGUGGUGCCUCGCGCAGCUGCGCAAGGGCGCCAGCGUCGAGGACGUGCUCGACGCGGCGUUCAAGAACAAGGGCACCGCCCGAUCGUGGAGGCCCCUAGGCCGCGUCGCGACGGAGAAGAAGACCGCGGCAGACAAGAAGGACGGCAAGCUGGCCAUGGUCAACGGGCAAAGGUCCUCGACCGAGAGGACAACCAACGGCGGCGGCGGCACCACCUCCAAGAACAUCAAGGAGCCAACGGGUCUGAACGCACCAGCAGCGCCGCCUGCUGUGCAUGUGAAGCAAGAUGCGCCUACGAACGGCGGCAAGGAAACGGUUCGCGCACCGACGACGCAGCCCACACUGCAGGAGAAGCAUGCCGCGGCAAUAGACGCAAACGCCACGAACGGAAAAAUGGCGCCCGUGGCAGUCGCAUAA